UGAUCCUUAUGUGCUCUGGACAAGGGGGUGCAUGGGUGAAACAUGGCUGCCGUAGACCCAUCGGAGUCUCCAAAACGACAGAAAUCCCCUGCGGAGGAGGUGGAAACAUCUGGGGAGAAGACGGAGGCGGUGGAGUCGGGAUGCGGCUCAAACCAGAAAGACGAAACAACAUGUAAUAAAACCGCGGAGAGUCCCGACGACCAGCGGACAGCCACUGUUGGCAAAGACGGCGGUUGUAUUGCCAGCCAUUCUGAGGUUAGUGUCGAGUCCGGUGCUGGAGCUGACAAAACGACAUGUAAUUUACCGGAGGACCUAACGUCGGCUGAAAAAAUGGCCGAGGCGGCUGGCAGCGACCAGCGGGCUUUCGACUGGUCCGAACCUGAAGAUGAAGAAGCGAAAACACAGGAGGAGGAAAAUGAUAAGUGUGACCUCACUAAUGUUACAGAGAGAGCUGAAAAAGUGCACCAGGGUACACAUGUUGUUGGGAACAUUACCACUGAUGCAACGAAGGAAAACUCACAUGUUGAUAUGAGGAGCACAGAGAAGGAGCUGCCUGAGGAGCCGAUGGGAGAAGCAGACGGGACAGAGGACGUGGUUGAGGAUGAGGAGGAGGCAGACCGAGGGGAGGACGCUGAUUUGGCGGCCAAGCCAAAAAAGUGCCGUUUGGUUUGCAAGGAGUGCGGGAAGAGGUUCAACCGACGCGAGACGUUCAACCUUCACCGCCACUUUCACGCACAUGAGGAUGAGCUCACGCCCCUCACCUGUAAAGAAUGCGGCCUUACCUUUCAGCACCGCAGCAGCCUCAUUAAACACAGAAAUGAACAUAAAGAGAAGGAGGAGCUACUUAUUACUCCAAAGAAGGAGGUGCAAGCAAAGGAGGAUGGUAGUUUUGAAUGUGCAGAAUGUGGGAGGAUCUUCUCUACAGUGGAUAAGCUGAGGGACCACAACUGCAGCAAUACAGUCGAAAAGCCUUACCACUGCCCCCUGUGCCGCCAAGAGUUCCAGUUUAAGGUGUCUGUCACUAAGCACAUGAUGACCCACUCGCAGGAGAGCAUGUUUACAUGCCAAGAGUGCAAUCAAAGCUUCCCAAACACCGUCGCCCUGCGCUUUCACCAGCGAUGUCACACCGCCCUCAAGCCCUAUGAGUGCCCGGAGUGCGGCAUGGUUUUCAAACACUACUCUGUCAUGGAAGACCACCGUCGCAAACACACCGACAACACACGCUCCCACCUGUGCAACAUUUGCGGUAAGACCUUCAAGUAUAGCAGCCUCCUCCAUCAGCAUCAGUAUCUUCAUACAGGACAGAAACCUUUCCGCUGCCCAGAAUGUGGCAAAAAGUUUGCCUUCGCCCAGAACAUGAAGGCGCACUGCCGCCAGCACAGACUGCGUGAAACCAACUCCUCCAGUGAGCAGCCCUGCAAGCAGACCCCUUUGCCUGUACAGGAGGCAGUUAGAGGCUUAGGAAAAGAGAACGCACACCUGAGUGAGGAAGCAAAACGCACAUUCAAAUGCCCCCUUUGUCCCCAGACCUACUGUGCACCAUCUAACCUGAGAACCCACAUGCUUAUUCACGAAGCCGAGUAUGAGACUCUGGAGAGAACACCCAGACCCCCAAGGGAGAUUAACAAGUCCUGGGAAAAGGGACACUCCUGUCCGCACUGCCCGUGCAUUUAUCGUGAUGAAUCCAGUUUAAACAUACAUAUGUUAAGUGUCCAUAAGUCUGUAGCACAAUAUUUAGAAAAGGUGGCAGCACCACCUAAAAGACAAUUUAAUCUGUUAAGCGGUGAUAACAUGCCUGGGAAAUGGAGAAGCGAUGGCAUAAGUAUUAAGUCGUACAAGUGUUCUGAGUGUGGAAAAACUUUCCGCCAUCGCUCAGUGUUAGAGCUGCAUAUGCGCAUACAUUCCAAGGACAAGCCUUACCAGUGCAAAGUGUGUGGAAAGGGCUUUAGAUUCAGUAGCUACUUACAGCAGCAUCUCAUCAUUCACACAGGCAAGAAGCCAUACAAAUGUCCCGACUGUGGGAAGGACUUUGCCUUCCUGCAGAACAUGAAAACACAUCAAAAGCUGCAUCAGGAGAAACCAUUCCGCUGCACCAGCUGCCGCAAAGGCUACAGCGAUGAGACCCAACUGCAGCAUCAUAUGCUGUCACACAAUGGUGAUAAACCUCAUAAGUGUGACCUGUGUGACAAGAGCUUCGGAUUGGCCUAUCUGCUCCGAGAUCACAUGAACACACACACAGGAGAGAGGCCUCAUCGGUGUGACGAGUGUCACAAAACCUUUUCCUGGUUUAGCAGCCUGCUAGUACACCAGAAAAUUCAUGCUCGCAAGCGCCAAGGUUUCAGCCAGUAUAAUUCUUUCCCAAUUGGUGCUAGGAUGAGAGGCAGGGGCAGCAGGGGGAGGAGAGGGGGGAGGCUCAUUUUGGGCUUGUCUAGACCAUUAGGAGGCUCAGUGAUGGUUAACUCUCAACCAUCUCAGUUUCAAGUUUCUGCACUUAGAGAGGCAGAGUUGCAUAGAAGGGCAGUGCAGCCACAGUCUUCCAUGCUCUCAUCUCGCAUGGAUUUACAAAGCAGGCAGCAUAAGGAGCAGUGGAUAUCUGAGCUACACUCUCAACCAGUGCAGUGGAAGGUGGAUGGUGGAGAGGUAAUGCCUGUCCCAUCUUCGCAGGAGCAACAUGCAGGUCCACAGUUUGACAGUCCACCACAGCCAGGCCUACAGCAGCACCAUCAGAGAGGUUCAGGUUGGGUGGAUAGCCCUUUGAUAACUCAGUCAGGCCCCACUUCUGCUCAGACUUUAGAGUCAUCACACAUGAAAGAGAGUGCAGCUCCUGUUGUCAGCUCCCACCCGUUGUCUGUGCCAAAAAAAUCCAGCCCGUUAGCAGGGAGUGAGAUGGAGCAGCACAGGCAGCUCAAGCCUGUUACAUGGAGUAACACACCCACAUCCACAGUGCUAGCUUCCACAAGCUCCCUGCAACAUGAUUUUUCUGUUCCGUCCUCCUACAUUGACGGGGCAGCUCUGUGGAGCGUCAGACCUGCUUCGCUGGCAAAUUCACGGAGCUCUCCGAAUAAGCUUGGUCAAGAGCUCCAGCUGUCAAGAUGGCCAGGUGCCCCGGUGUCAACACAAAAAGAGCCAUCCACACCUCCUAAAAAAGAGGACAAUAGAGUGUGGGACAUGAAUAAUCCUCAAGUAAUAACGUCGACUGUUAGCCAGCCGGAGAAGCCCUGGAACGGCUGUGAGCCACAGAAACAGUGGGCUUCGGGCUUAGCAGGUGCGUCCACCUCAGCUCAAAUAGACCAAAGCAGUGCUAUGCCAAUUUCAACUCCUGUUUCUCUCGGGGUAGGUAGCACCCUGUGGGACAUACAAACACCACCAGGAAUUCCAAAGACUCUAAACUCCCCCGAGAAAUUAGUAAAUAAUCAAGAUUUUAAACUGCAGCAAAAGCAGGUGUCAUCUGGCUGGGCCAAUGUACAGAGUCAGACAGCGACACAGAAGGUUCCCAUCUCCAUUCAAUACGAGCCUCAUCGUUUUGGCCAGGGGAUGGGAACACCAGUAUGGGGCUUCCAAAGUAAUCCCGUGGGUCCUCAAACGCUGCUCACUGGGCAACUCAAACCAGGGAAUGGACAGGAGCUGCAGCAACAACCAAUGGUAACGGGCACUCAAAUAAUCAUAAAUCAGCCUUCUCCUUUUUUCUCACCUCCACUUGCUCCGCUCCCUCCUCUUGCUUUGCCUGGCCCUCACCCUCUUCACUCUGUCGCAGUUGGUGCACUUCCAAGACCUCCACACCCAAAUAUUUUUUUCACACCACAGGCAGUGAUGAGCGAGAGGCCACACAUGCCACAGACCCUGCCCCUACCUCAGCUUGCCCCGCGGACAGAACCUCACAAACUUGGACCCCGUUUGCCUUUUGCCCCAGAUCGACUUCUCCAGUGCAUGAUAUGCGGGUGCUCUCUUCCUCGAGAGCUGGAUCUACAAAUGCAUUACUUGCAACAUGCACAAGGAGAAAUUUGACAUUUCUAGCAACAAGACUUGGUUAUGUUUUUUUACAAAUACGUUUUAUUCAGUGGAGCCUCAUUUAUUUGACCCUCAGUUGUGCAGUUUGACCAGAUGAGUGGAUGGACAUUAGAAACAAAAAGUUAAAAGUGAGACUUAAUUUAAUCUGCACACUCGAUGCACAUUUUAUUUAAAGUUAUAUAGCUCCAAAUAAGACUGCUGCACAGACUGUUGUUUGAAACAGAGGAUGUAUACACGUGCCAUUAAAUUAGUUAGUUUUUUUGUUUGUUCUUUUUUUCUUUUUAAUGCAUUUAAGUGAUCCAUAUGCUUACCUGGUUUAAAUAACUUCUGAGGGGUGCAGAUUAAUGAGGUUCUGUGCUCAACAUUUCAGUUAUUGCCAAUGACAUUUAGAUUUAGAUAAUAUUAGUACUUUUAUAGUUCUGAUCAUAUGUCCUGAACCAUUUCAACUGUGUUUAUUCAUGUACAGUAUACUGUGUGCCUUUUAUGAGUACAGUCUGCAUGUCUGCUGUCUUGGUAUUCUAGGCCUAGUUUGUGCUUAAGGUAGACUCAACAAUGUGACCUCGCUCCCAAAACACAAAGCAAAUCUUUCUGAGAUACUGUAAAGAAAAGUAAGUUUUUGCUUUUGGAGCAUAGCACGGCGGGGCAGUGGGUUUGUGGGGUGGGUGGGGGGGUCCGCACAGAUUCCUGUCUCAGAUUAUACGAAAACUGACCACACACAGUUAGGAAGCACUUGUAUUCAUAGGACCACUGGCUGGCUCUGAAUAUCUCAUAAGUAAAGUUCUCAUGAUGAUAAUUUGGACAGAGCAAAAAUUAUCUCAAAGCAAAAUGUGACAUUUACACCCAAGGUAAUUUAACAGCAAGACUGUUCUUUAAAUUAAACUCUUGGGUGGUUAUUGGGAAGAGGGAGAAAGUAGUGUCAUCACAAUUAUUUCACACACUGUUGUCAAAUAGUGAAUUUUGUAAUAAAUUUGGAUUUAUGUGAUGUUUUGUCAUUAAUAUGUUUACAAUGGCAAGACAAACAUGAAACAUAAUCUAAAAUGUAUCUUUUACUCUAAUCAUUCAGCGAAUGUUUUGCUAUGUGUCAUGACUGAUACACGUGAUAAUUAGAUUUUAAACUUACUUUGCGGUGCUUAGCACCUGCUGUAAACUGAUGAGUGCCAUGGGUACAUUCAGGUAGCAAUGUGCCCAUAUUUAUAAAAAGUGAAGUCCACUUUUGAGUACAGUUCAAUGUAUUAUUUGUGAAUAAUGAAUGAUUUCAUUCCACAACGGUAGAUUUAGAUUACAGUAUUACAGUACAGAAUCCCAUCUCCUCCGUUAUGAAAAUGGGCAUUUGAGUAGCUUUGCUGGUCCAGUAAGUGACUGGAAAUCUUCAUUACUACUGUAAAAUAAACACAAGGUCCAUUUCUGGAAAAGAAAAAAAAAAGGAACCGUUCCUGUGCAUUUUAAGAUUCAA